AGCUCAAACACAUUAUUUGUUGGGCAUAUGUUUCUUCUUAUCUAACGAGUGCUAUAAUGGUUAUCCGUCAUUGGGAAGCUAGAUACAUUCCACUUUUUGCUGAGCAGCCAUGUUGAUCUAGACAUGUUUGACAAGGAUGAAGAUGUCGUAAAGGGACAUGUGUGCUACGGUACUACACUUCAUGAAGCCUUAAAACACAUUGAAAGAGAAUGCAUUUCGGAAGAACUCCCACGGUAUCGUCAGUUUAAUUAUUGUCAUCAUCCUAAGAGUGUUAAUGAGCGAACGCACAAAAUAAAGUUUGUUCUAAGUUUUAAUACUUUGUACAAGGCUUUAGUGCACCUUCACAUUCAGCCUAUUGGUGUGGCUUUGGUUGUUUUCUCAGAGUUGUGGCGUCUUGGAGAUCACAUAUACGGAAUUCCGCACAUAUACUAUAGCCCCCUAUCAGAGAAUACUCAGUUCACGGGGUAUCAUGACGUAGUGAUUAUUAAGGUAGAAAUGUUAAGCGAACAUGUGGCGUUGUACAAACUGAGAAACGGCCCAGAAGUUGGUGAUGGUGGGUGCGUUAGGGUUUCCCUCGAAGUAAUGUACAUGGUAGUUGGUGCUCAGAGUAAGGAUGUCGAUAUGGUUUGGCCCACCCCAACACCAAGACAUCUUCUUUCGGAUGUGUGUUUCGUUUAACUCUGUCUUCAUCUUUCCUCGGUGUAGGUUUUUUUGGCUGAGACCCGUAUCAUAAUCAUUUUUGGCAAAAUUCUAAUGAGAUCAAACUCGAUAUAAAGUUUGAAAGAAAAUUGCUUGCUGUUUGAAUUUAGGGACAAUUGGUUAGAAAAUCUUUAGAUAAUUCUGUUUUGGCUAAAAAAUAAAUAACUUUGAGAAAACUAAUAAUUUUGGGGUGUGAGAUUACAGGAAUAGCCCUGCUCAAAAAAAGUAUAGUAUACGGUUGAGCUUUUUGAAAAUCCAAAAUAAAUAACUUGAGAAAACUAAUAAUUUUUUCU